AUGCACCUCGCCGGCGCCGCCCGCGGCGCCGCCGCCGGCGCGCUACGCGUGCUGCGGCGCGCGGCGCGCAAGGGGCGGCCGCUGGUCUGGCCGGUGGAGCAGUCGCUGCCCGUAGCAGGGCUGGACACGCUCGCGGCGCAGAGCAUCCAUUACACUCUGCGCAACCUUGAAGGG